AUGCAAUCUUUGGGGGUUUCUGGAAAUAGAGAGGUCAUGCAGUCUGGAACCUGUGAGCCUUUUCAAUCUCUAAGUCAUCAGAGAAAUGAUGAAGAAGCAGUUGUGGAUAGAGGUGGAACUCGUUCUAUUCUCAAAACACACUUUGAGAAAGAGGAUUUAGAAGGUCAUAGGACUCUGUUCAUUGGUGUUCAUGUGCCCCUGGGAGGAAGAAAAAGUCAUCGACGUCACAGGCAUCGUGGUCAUAAACACAGAAAGAGAGACAGAGAGAGAGAUUCAGGUUUAGAGGAUGGAAGAGAGUCACCCUCCUUUGACACCCCAUCUCAGCGGGUACAGUUUAUUCUUGGAACUGAAGAUGAUGAUGAGGAACACAUUCCUCAUGAUCUUUUCACAGAACUGGAUGAGAUUUGCUGGCGUGAAGGCGAGGAUGCUGAGUGGCGAGAAACAGCCAGGUGGUUGAAGUUUGAAGAAGAUGUAGAAGACGGAGGAGAAAGGUGGAGUAAGCCUUAUGUAGCAACUCUUUCAUUGCAUAGCUUGUUUGAGUUGAGAAGUUGUAUUCUGAAUGGAACUGUGCUGUUGGACAUGCAUGCGAACACUUUAGAAGAAAUUGCAGAUAUGGUCCUUGACCAACAAGUUAGCUCGGGUCAGCUCAACGAAGAUGUACGCCACAGAGUCCAUGAAGCACUGAUGAAACAGCAUCACCACCAGAAUCAGAAAAAACUCACCAACAGAAUUCCCAUUGUUCGUUCAUUUGCUGAUAUCGGCAAGAAACAGUCAGAACCGAACUCCAUGGAUAAAAAUGCAGGUCAGGUUGUUUCUCCUCAGUCUGCUCCAGCCUGUGUUGAAAAUAAAAAUGAUGUGAGCAGAGAAAACAGCACUGUUGAUUUUAGCAAGGGACUGGGAGGCCAACAAAAGGGGCAUACUAGUCCAUGUGGGAUGAAACAAAGGCAUGAGAAAGGACCUCCACACCAGCAAGAGAGAGAGGUUGAUCUACAUUUUAUGAAAAAGAUUCCUCCAGGCGCUGAAGCUUCGAACAUCCUAGUUGGGGAACUAGAGUUUUUGGAUCGAACUGUAGUUGCAUUUGUCAGGUUGUCUCCAGCUGUAUUGCUUCAAGGGCUGGCUGAAGUCCCAAUCCCAACCAGAUUUUUGUUCAUUCUUCUGGGACCCCUGGGAAAGGGUCAACAGUACCAUGAGAUUGGCAGAUCAAUUGCAACCCUAAUGACAGAUGAGGUAUUUCAUGAUGUCGCUUACAAAGCUAAAGAUCGGAAUGACUUGGUAUCAGGAAUUGAUGAAUUUCUAGAUCAGGUUACUGUUCUCCCUCCUGGAGAAUGGGACCCAAGCAUUCGAAUAGAGCCUCCAAAAAAUGUUCCUUCUCAGGAGAAGAGGAAGAUUCCUGCUGUUCCAAAUGGGACAGCAGCUCAUGGGGAAGCAGAGCCCCAUGGAGGACACAGUGGACCUGAACUCCAGCGAACAGGAAGGAUUUUUGGGGGACUUAUUUUAGAUAUCAAAAGAAAAGCUCCAUACUUCUGGAGUGACUUCAGAGAUGCUUUCAGCCUGCAGUGUUUAGCGUCUUUUCUAUUUCUCUACUGUGCGUGUAUGUCUCCCGUCAUCACGUUUGGAGGACUGCUGGGAGAAGCAACUGAAGGUCGUAUAAGUGCAAUCGAAUCUCUCUUCGGAGCUUCCAUGACCGGGAUAGCCUAUUCUCUCUUUGGUGGACAGCCUCUUACCAUAUUAGGCAGUACAGGACCAGUUUUGGUGUUUGAAAAGAUUUUGUUUAAGUUUUGCAAAGAGUAUGGGUUGUCAUACCUAUCUUUAAGGGCUAGUAUUGGACUUUGGACUGCCACCCUGUGUAUCAUACUUGUGGCCACUGAUGCAAGCUCCCUUGUCUGCUAUAUCACCCGGUUUACUGAAGAAGCUUUUGCUUCUCUUAUUUGCAUCAUUUUCAUUUAUGAAGCCCUGGAGAAGUUGUUUGAACUCAGUGAAGUGUAUCCAAUCAACAUGCAUAAUGACUUGGAACUGCUGACACAAUACUCGUGUAACUGUGUAGAACCCCAUAAUCCCAGCAAUGAUACAUUGAAGGCGUGGAGGGACUCCAAUAUAUCUGCCUCUGAAAUAAUUUGGGAGAAUUUAACUGUGUCGGAAUGCAAAUCACUCCACGGAGAGUAUGUUGGACGAGCCUGUGGCCAUGAACACCCAUAUGUCCCAGAUGUUCUAUUUUGGUCAGUGAUCCUGUUCUUUUCCACAGUUACCAUGUCAGCCACUCUGAAGCAGUUCAAAACCAGCCGAUAUUUUCCAACAAAGGUUCGAUCGAUAGUGAGUGACUUUGCUGUCUUUCUUACAAUUCUGUGUAUGGUUUUAAUUGACUAUGCCAUUGGGAUUCCAUCUCCCAAACUGCAAGUGCCGAGUGUCUUCAAGCCCACAAGAGAUGAUCGUGGCUGGUUUGUGACACCGUUAGGUCCAAAUCCAUGGUGGACAGUAAUAGCUGCUAUUAUUCCAGCUUUGCUGUGCACUAUUCUAAUUUUUAUGGACCAACAGAUUACAGCUGUCAUCAUCAACAGAAAAGAACAUAAACUAAAGAAAGGUUGUGGGUACCAUCUGGAUUUAUUAAUGGUGGCUGUCAUGCUUGGUGUGUGCUCCAUCAUGGGCCUGCCAUGGUUUGUGGCUGCCACUGUCCUCUCCAUCACUCAUGUCAACAGCCUAAAACUGGAAUCGGAAUGUUCAGCUCCAGGAGAACAACCCAAAUUUCUUGGCAUUCGGGAGCAAAGGGUUACUGGGCUCAUGAUUUUUGUUCUUAUGGGUUCAUCGGUUUUUAUGACCAGUAUUCUAAAGUUUAUCCCCAUGCCAGUGCUAUAUGGAGUGUUUCUCUAUAUGGGUGCUUCAUCUCUAAAGGGAAUCCAGUUGUUUGAUAGAAUAAGGCUCUUUUGGAUGCCUGCAAAACAUCAACCAGAUUUUAUAUACCUGAGGCAUGUACCUCUUCGAAAAGUCCAUCUCUUCACAAUUAUUCAGAUGAGUUGCCUGGGACUUUUGUGGAUAAUAAAAGUUUCAAGAGCUGCUAUCGUCUUUCCCAUGAUGGUGUUAGCUCUGGUAUUUGUAAGAAAACUGAUGGACUUGUUAUUUACCAAGCGGGAACUCAGCUGGUUGGAUGAUUUAAUGCCUGAGAGUAAGAAAAAGAAGUUAGAAGAUGCUGAAAAAGAAGAAGAACAAAGUAUGCUCGCAAUGGAAGAUGAGGGCACAGUACAGCUCCCGUUGGAAGGGCACUAUAGAGAUGAUCCAUCUGUGAUCAAUAUUUCUGACGAAAUGUCAAAGACUGCUUUGUGGAGAAAUCUUCUGAUUACUGCCGAUAAUUCAAAAGAUAAGGAGUCAAGCUUUCCUUCUAAAAGGUUUGAAUUUUAAAAUAAUGAGAUUGUAUGCUAAUACCAAUCAUAUUUAU